UCUUCAUUCUCUCCAAAACAACAUUUCAAAUUUCAAUCAGAUCUUCGCCUUCUUCCUCUCUCAUCUCCCCCUCUCUCGCUGCACACUCCGCCAUUGAUAUACAACCUUAUUUCUUCAGCUUUAUCAGAUCUUUCUUAAAAUUUAUAGGUUCCUUCAAAGUAAUUAACUGGUUCCAACCAUGGCCAAGUCCGGUUCUGAAAUCUUCGAGAACAGCAGAUUCUUCGGGAGCAUCACCUCUUCAGUGCCGUUCAAGAGCUUACUCUCAAAAUCGAAGCAGAAACCCUCUCUAACUCGACGCUCCAAAUUUCCGUCCGAAUCCGAGAACGUAUCUCCGAUGGAUCCCAACAUUCAAAUCUGCGAUCCUUCCCUUUCCUCCUCUUCCUUCCCCAAAAAAUCACCUUCAAAAGGCAAAAUCAAUCCUCGAAAGGGAGAACUCGCCGCAUCAGAAGUUGAGCAAAAAGUACCCGAAGCUUCAGAUCCACCAGUGAAGGUGACGGUGAGAAUUAGUCCUGCUGUUGGAGAUGCAAUGUUGAGAAAAGUUUCCAAGAAUUCACUAUGUGUUGAUGAAAGGAAAUUUACAUUUGAUACGGUGUUUGAGUCAGAUUCGACUCAGGAGGAAGUAUACCAAUCAGUAGGCGCUCCUUUGGUUAAGGAUGCAUUAUGCGGUUAUAAUACAUCAAUAAUCUCUUAUGGACAGACUGGGAGUGGGAAGACCUACACUAUGUGGGGACCUCAAAGUGCAAUGGUGGAUGAUCCAUCCAUCAGUGGUCUUCAGGGUAUAGUCCCUCGCAUUUUCCAGGAUCUUUUCUCGAAGAUUCAACAGGAACAAGGGAAUGUUGAUGGCAAAAAGAUUAAUUAUCAGUGCCGCUGCUCAUUUCUCGAGGUGUAUGAUGACAAGAUUGGUGAUCUUCUUGAUCCAACUCAACGGGACUUGGAGAUAAAGGAUGAUGUAAAAAAUGGAUUUUAUGUAGAGAAUUUGACUGAGGAGUAUGUUGCCUGCUAUGAGGAUAUCACUCAGAUUCUAAUUAAGGGCCUAUCAAAUAGAAAGAUAGGAGCAACAAAUAUAAACUCCAAGAGCUCAAGAUCACAUGUUAUGUUCACAUGCAUAAUUGAAUCAUGGUGCAAGGAUUCCUCAUCCAAGUGCUUUGGUAGUUCAAAGACUAGUAGAAUCUGUCUGGUUGACCUUGCUGGAUUCGAGAGAAAUGUUGCUGACAACGCUAGUAGGCAGCAUGUGAAAGAAGGAAAAUACAUAAAGAAGUCCAUAUCACAGCUUGGGCGCUUGGUUAACAUCAUUGCUGGAAGGCUACCUGACAAAUUGGAUGAAGUUCCAUAUAGAAGUUCUCGUCUGACUCAUCUUCUGAGAGAAUCAUUUGGUGGCAAUGCUAAACUUUCCGUUAUAUGCACCAUCAGACCAGACCACAAGAGUAGCAGUGAAAGUAUAAGCACUCUUAGAUUUGGACUGCGAGCAAAGCUCAUGAAGAAUGAACCUGUAGUGAAUGAAAUAACAGAAGAUGAUGUGAAUGACCUGAGCGAUCAGAUUCGUCAGUUAAAGGAAGAGCUUAUGAGGGCUAAAUCCAGUUCAUCUGAAUCAUUUGAGAGCAUUUCUGGCAACUUUAGAGGGGGAAAUGUGCGUCAAAGCUUGAAUCUUUUGAGACAAAACCUCAACCGUUCACUGAUCUUGCCUUGCAUGGAGAAUGAUUCCGAAGAGAAUAUAUGCAUCAAUGAGGAAGAUGUGAAAGAAUUAAAGCUUCACAUUGACAAAUUGCGUAGCUCUGAGAAUGGAGAGAGUGAACAAUAUAUAAGUUGUUCUGAAGAAAGUGAAACUGAGGAGCCAUUCUCUAACAGCACUGAACUAGUGGACGAUCAAGACAGCGUUGCUAUUGAUCUUCCUCCACUGAUGAAUAGCUUGUCAAUCAGUACUAGUCAUCAGUUGCUUCAAGAUCCUGUAUUGUCUGAGUCACCUAAGAUAAGAAAUUCUCAACUGAAAAGCCUGAUCUUCGCAUCAAAUCAUCUUGAAGAAGUGCGGCAGUCGCAAAAACCAGACAACGUUGCAUCAUCCUUAAGAUCUAGUAGAAUAUUUGCAGGCCCUACCGAGUCCCUAGAAGCUAGCCUCCAUAGGGGCUUGCAGAUCAUAGACUAUCAUCAGAGGAAGUCUGCUCCAGAUAGAUCAUCUGUGUCGUUCUCGUUUGAGCAUUUGGCUAAUGUUUCUGCUGCUCAAACCUCACCUGAAAGACACCCUACAGAUCAGUCAUCUGCUACUUUUGUUUGCACUAAAUGUCAAGGAAGAAAUGAGGUAAAUGAAUCGAAGGGAUUAGCUGACAAGGACCUCAGUGCUAUCUGCAAGGACCAAGCAGCUCAGAUUGAGCUUCUAAACAAGAAGUUGGAGCAAUGCAAGUGCAUGAAUGAUCAGUCUGCUAUCAGCAUAUGCAGCGGCUCGACUAAUUUCUCAGACUUAAAAAACCAUCUUCAGCCAAUCAAUGAGGAAGAACCUGAGAACUUUGACAAUCCAAACUCUGCUAACAAGCUCCUCACAUGGAACAGUGAAGAAAAUGAACAACCAGAAUUCAUAAAGGAGACUUGUGAAAUCAAAGAAGUACAAGAAAACUACAGUCUUAGCACAAAAGAAUCAUUUACUUCCGAAAAGAGGGAAGCAUUGAUAAGUGAAAUCGAAGUUCUCAAACAAAAACUGAAGUUCUACACUGAUGCACCAGCACGUCGAUCAACUGACAAACUCAGAUCGUCACUGCUGUCACAGUCCUUCCAGCUAAGAAAAAGCACUACAUUUGCUAAUAGCGGAGAGGAGCUGGAGAAGGAAAGAGAAAGGUGGAUGGAAAUGGAAAGUGAUUGGAUCUCACUAACUGAUGAACUGAGAAUCGAAAUUGAGUCCAACCGUCAGCGAGCAGAAGAGGUGGAGAUGGAACUAAGGUCAGAAAAGAAGUGCACGGAAGAGCUGGACGAUGCCCUCAAAAGAUCGGUCAUCAAUCAUGCCAGAAUGAUCGAGCAUUAUGCAGACUUGCAAGAGAAUUACAACGAGAUAGCGGAGAAGCAUAGAGCAAUCAUGGAAGGGAUAGCAGAGGUGAAAAAGGCCGCCUCUAAAGCAGGCGCCAAGGGUCGGCAUGGCUCUCGUUUUGCAAAGGCCCUCUCAGCUGAGCUCUCUGCUAUGAGGGUGGAGAGGGAGAGAGAAAGGGAGUUGCUGAGGAAGGAGAACCGAAGUCUCAAGGUUCAACUCAAAGACACCGCGGAAGCUGUGCAUGCUGCAGGAGAACUACUUGUUAGAUUGAGAGAAGCAGAAGCAGCAGCCUCUCUAGCUGAGGAGAAGAACUUGACGAUGGAAGAAGAGAACGAGAGACUGCGGAAACAGUUGGAGAAGGUGAAGAGGAAGCACAAGAUGGAGAUGAUGACCAUGAAACAAUAUCUAGCAGAAAGCAGACUACCAGAGGCUGCUUUGAGGGGCCCCAUAUAUAGACAAGACUCUGAUGAAGUAGCAGCAACUCCUUGCUAUGAUACAAUGCCAGAUGAUGAUGAGGCUUGGAGGGCUGAGUUUGGGGCAAUAUAUCAACACCCAUUUUGAAACCCAACAUUUUCACCCAUCUAUCUACUUCCUAUUUAUUCUUAUUUCAACGGCAGUCAAUGAGUGUGGUUCUUGGCCACCAUGAUUCAUGUUAUGAAUUUAUAAACGAGGUUCGUUACAUAAGCUUGAAAAUAUAUUUGUUUUCAAGUAAUUAACGUUGGUGUCUAUGAUAAUUUCCAAAGUAGGAGUUGUUAUG